AAUCUCUUCCCUUCCGUUUUGUCAUCUUAUCUUCUGGAGAAAAAGUGAGCAAAUCCCUAGAGAAACUGUAACCGUCGCCGUGAUUCGGAAAAUGGCACUAACCCAGAUCGUGAAUCCAAUCAUAUAUCCAUCUCGCACAAUUCCACGGCGUUUCACGGCGAUCUCGCCUUUUAAAACCCUAAACCCCCAAUUUUCCCGCCACCCAACAACUCACGCACUGUCUCGCAGGCUCUUCCUUCCUUCUGUUUCGUCGAUAUGGGAUGCCAUUACCGGAGGCGGUGACUCGAACCCUCGUGAGGCCGUCGCAGCGACUCGACUCGGAAUGCAGCUCUUCAGACAGGGUGAUGUUGCUGGAUCGGUGACUGAGUUCGAUAGAGCUGUUGUAUUGGACCCAAGGCAAAAGGCAUAUCUUUGGCAACGCGGGCUUUCUCUUUACUAUCUAGAUAGGUUUGAAGAAGGUGCAGAGCAGUUCCGGAUAGAUGUUGCUCAGAACCCAAAUGACACAGAGGAGUCAAUUUGGUGCUUUCUCUGUGAGGCUCGGCUCCACGGUGUUGAUGUUGCACGGAAACAGUUUCUUGAGGUUGGUAGAGAUUCUCGGCCUGUGAUGCGGGAAGCUUAUAAUCUAUUCAAGAAUGGUGGUGAUCCUGAAAAGUUAGUUAAAGACUUCUCUAGUGGUCAAGCAAGCGAAUACUUCUACGCUUCUCUGUACGCAGGGCUCUACUAUGAAGCUGAGGGUAAAUCAGAAAACGCCAAGUUUCACAUCACUGCUUCUUGUGGAUCUCCAUAUGGGCAGAGGUCUGAUGAUUAUAUGGCUUCACUUGCUAAAGUUCACUGCCUCUGUAGAAACUGGAGCUCCGGUUUUGUUUGAACCCGUUUAUAUUUUCUUGGAGCCGUACAUGAUUUACCUUUUUUUAUUUAAGGCCCAAUUUGUGAAUAUCAGCCCAAAUAAAACUUGGACACCGGUUUGCAAAUUUUGACCUUUAUUUAUUAAAAGACUUGACAAAAAGCAAGUAAAUUAGUAAUGAGAACAUUGUGCCGUUUUGGAAUA